AUGGCGCUGCCCGCGUGCCUCGUGCCGCCGACGUCCGCGACCGCCACCCGCGAUCGGCACCACGGCGCGGAGAGUCCUGCGAGGGCGCCGAUGGCGGUGCACGCGGGGCUCGUGGCGCCAGCGCCAGCGGCCGCCGCCUACGACCGGCAUUGGCGCGCGGGUGGCCCCCCGCUGGCGCCGCUCUGA